AUGUCUUCGCUGUCACAAUCUUCUACAAUUAUAUCAAGUGUAUUUAAAUCAAGUGUAUUGUUAAGAUAUAUACUAUCAUUGGUUGAAGAGAUACAUGAACGUUUGGAAGAAAAGAAACCAUGCAAGUUUAAAGAUAUGACUAGUAAGAAUGUAUCGUUUCAUCGGUACUCUAACAACGGACUGUUGUUUCAAGCAAAGUUAGAGUGUGAUCCAAACUUUAUCGCCUACUAUCGAGCCAUGCCAAUCAUACUAAACAACUGUACCAAUGUGUUGGUACUCCAACGACUACAUACACUCUACUCGCAUUACUUUGGACAUGCGUUUAGGGAGAUUGUCAGUAGACACGGCAAAGACGUCUACAUCGGCAAGACACUAGGUAAAUGUGCCAAUUCACCUAGUUGGGUAGUUGACAAUAUCGCUGCAUCGGGUAGUAUACCAUGUCUAGUGUACGGUAUCGAAACGAUUGGUAUCCAACCAACAGAAAACACUAUCGACAUGGCAUGUGAACACGGUAAACUUGGUAUACUACACUUUCUACACGAGAAUUAUCCUCAACUACAAUGUACAGACCGUGCAUUCGAGUUGGCUGCAAAUAACUCUCAUUUGGAUAUUAUAGAGUUUCUAUUGUACAAUCGGACGGAAAAGUAUACUGCUCGGGCACUAGUCAAUGCAUCACGAACAAAGUGUGUUGACGUUGCAAGACUGUUACUCGAGAUGCGUGGAGAACGUCUUGUCGGACACACAGAAGAACAACUCAUCGAGCGUAAUUUGGUCGACCUAUCAGUCACUUCAGGGUCACUUGAAAUGGUUCAACUUUAUUUCAAGCAUUUUGGAAGACGUGGACUAACUACUCGAGCACUAGACAAUUCAGCUGAACUUGGGUUCCUAGACAUUGUAUUGUGGCUAGACCAAACAGCCGGUGCACCCGCCACUACCGACGCCAUGAACUUUGCCGCAAAAAAUGGCCAUUAUUCCAUUAUAAGAUUCUUACAUGAAAAUCGUGUUGAAGGUUGUACUGAAAGUGCAAUCAAUAAGGCAGCAGCAGGAGGGUUUUUAGAUAUAGUACAAUUUCUUCAUGUUAAUAGAACAGAGGGAGCAACAAAAGAUGCAAUGCAUAAUGCUGUAGCAUCGGGAAGUUUAGAGGUUGUAAAGUUUCUUCAUAAAAAUAGAACGGAACUUUGUAAUGGUGCAAAUACAGUGGCCACAGCUUGUCAAAAUGGAACUGGUGAUUAUGCAGAGUCGAUCAAAUAUAUUUUAGAGAAUAGGAUUACACCAUUCACUAAAAAGAGUCCACUCAAUAACCUAGAGUCAAGUGACUUUACUCAAAUUAUGAUGUGGACUUGUCUCAGGGACAAUCUCGACUUGUACAUCUUUUUGGUCGAUUUCUUCCAUCUUGGUGUUGGUAUUGAGCCAAAUGUGGCGUCUCAUCCUUUUUGGAAACAUUUCGAGUCGGCAGCUAGUGUAACAUUCAAAAUGUGGAUCAUCGAACAAUUCGACCCCAAGUCAUUGGAUAUUGACCGAUUCACACAUUUCAUCACCUAUUCAAACAUCAAAGGUGGUGAAAGAGUAUUACAAUAUGUCAUGGACCACUGUCCACGAGCAUUCCAACGAAAUUGGUCCUUUUAUCUACAGAGAACAGUCUAUGACCAAAACAUCAAAGUAUUGCAAUUCUUUCACGAUCACGCCAUCCCCAAUAGUUUUACUCAACAAAUGUUCAACUAUGCAGGUGAAGUUGGUGCACUAAAAGUAGUUAAAUUCCUACAUCUCAAUCGAACUGAAGGUUGCACAACCUUGGCUAUGGAUAGUUCGGGAAAAAGUGGAUAUUUAGAAGUAUGUCAAUGGAUCUAUGCAAAUAGAACAGAAGGUUCAACAAAAAGUAUUAUUAAAUCUGUUAUAUCAAGUCAACGUUAUGAAGUUUUACAAUUUUUAGUAAAUAAUAAUAUACAUACAGAAGCAGAAGAUUUAGUUGAUUGUGCAUCUGCAUCUAGAUCAGUUGAAAUACUUGAAUAUAUUGUUGAAAUGUUUCCAAAUUUACUUCCAACAGUCUAUUCCUUUUCGCAUCACGAUGAGCUUAUAUUAAGAUUCCUUGUACAUCAUUUCCCAACAUCUCAUAUUCGAAGCCUCAAAUACAUGCCAACACAAAACCAAGUCAUUAUCGACCAAUUGUGCAAAGACAAGGAUGCAGGAGUAUUAAAACUCUACCCAGCCUCUGGUCUACAUGUUUCACAUCAACAAAAAGAUUCUUCAACCACAUCACCACCACAACAAUCAUCAAUAUUUAAAAAACUCUUUUUUAAAUAA